AUGAGCUCUGAGAGGACAAAUUCUGUUGGAACAAGUAAUGAAGAUUUACCCUCUGAGGACCCCGGAAUGUACCAGCUGGAGGUGACUCUCAGAAGAGGACAGCACCUAGCAGCAAGGGACCGUGGAGGAACCAGUGACCCCUAUGUCAAGUUCAAGCUCGGAGGAAAAGAAGUCUUUAGAAGCAAAACAAUACACAAGAACCUCAACCCUGUGUGGGAGGAGAAGGCUUGCAUCCUCAUAGAGAACCUCAGAGAGCCACUGUACAUAAAGGUCUUUGACUAUGACUUUGGACUUCAAGAUGACUUCAUUGGUUCGGCGUUUUUGAACCUCGCUUCGUUGGAAGUAAACAGGCACACAGAUGUUACCUUGAGCCUGAAGGAUCCUCAUUACCCUGACCAUGACCUAGGAAGCAUCUUGUUGUCGGUGCUGUUGACUCCUAGGGAAGAGCAGCGAGAAGCGACCAUGCUAAUGAGGAAGAGUUGGAAAAGAUCAAGUAAGUUUCAGACCCAGAGCUUACGUCUGUCAGAGCUGCACAGGAAAUCUCACCUAUGGAGAGGCAUAGUCAGUGUCACCCUAAUAGAAGGACGUGAGCUUAAAGCCAUGGAUGCCAACGGACUCAGUGACCCCUAUGUGAAGUUCAGGUUGGGACAUCAGAAGUACAAAAGCAAGAUUGUGCCAAAAACUUUGAAUCCCCAGUGGAGGGAGCAGUUUGACUUUCAUCUCUACGAAGAAUGUGGUGGAAUUAUUGAUAUCACCGUGUGGGACAAAGAUGCUGGCAAAAGGGAUGAUUUUAUUGGCAGGUGCCAGGUUGACCUGUCAACCCUGAGUAAAGAACACACCCACAAGCUGGAGAUGCCCCUGGAGGAGGGAGAGGGGUGCCUGGUGUUGCUGGUCACUCUCACAGCCUCAGCUGCAGUCACUAUCUCUGACCUCCCUGUCAACUCCCUGGAGGACCAGAAGGAGCGAGAGGAGAUACUGAAGAGAUAUAGUCCAAUGACAAUGUUCCAUAACAUCAAAGACGUGGGAUUUCUUCAGGUGAAGGUCAUCAGGGCAGAAGCAUUGAUGGCAGCUGAUGUCACAGGCAAGGAUUUAUUUAGUUUCUCUGUCAAUGGCCUUUUUAGAAGUGAAAAAAAGUACCCAGGAGUCCCUGCUGAUAUCCAAGAAGAGAAUGGCAUCCAGUACAAAUUUGAAGUGUAUGAAAAAGCUGUCGUGGUAUAA